AUGUCGUUCAAACCAGGCGCUCGCCUAUUCCAAGCCGGUCGUGGAAUCUUCCGUACCCAAUUCCGCCAACCGUUCGCCCGCCGAAAUGCAUCCACGGCGGCUGAUACAGCACCCAAGGAGGAGCUGAGUGGAUUCGCAAAGCUAUGGAACAGUCCUGUUGGACCAAAGACAGUACAUUUCUGGGCUCCUAUCAUGAAGUGGGGCGUAGUUAUUGCCGGCAUUUCUGACCUUGCCCGUCCAGCAGAGAACCUUUCUUUGUCUCAGAAUGCGUCCCUUGUGGCCACUGGUCUGAUCUGGACGAGGUGGUGCUUUGUGAUCCGACCUCAAAACUACUUCCUUGCGACCGUUAACUUCUUCCUAUUCUUGACCGGUGCGACCCAAGUGACCCGCGUGAUAAUGUAUCAACAAUCGAAGAAGAAUGAGAAUGCUCUUGAAGCUGUGAAAGACGGCGCUAAGGACCUUGGGGCCACAGUGAAAGAGGUUGUUGAGCACCCGGAGAAGGCAGCGAAGAACGCAGGCAUCAAGAACUGA